UUGUUCUCUUCACCACGCCUUAUGAAUCCUCAACCUGCCGAGCAACUUCCAUAAUUCAUCAAACCAAAAGAAUUCUCUCUCUCUCUCUUAACUACUUGGAAUAAAGAGAUCAGGACAUCUCUCUCCCCUAUAUAUAUGUGUGUGUGUGUAUAAAUAUAUAUUAUAACUCAGAACGACAGCAACAAAGGCAUUUAUUUUCGAUCAACUUUGAAGCUUCCAAACAUGGGCAAACACAACUGGCAAUUGCUGGGCCGCCUAAGGAGCGCCGUGCAGAAGAUUACCUUCCUACUGAACUUCAACGUCAAUCGCUGGCGCCUCGCUUCGAUCAUCGGCGCUUCAUCGGGCAAUCGCCGGCUGAGCUUCAACGACCGCCCGGGCUUGAGGGCCGCCUGCGCCGAUGAUCUCGACAGUGAUCGUUCCCCGGGCUCUUCCCGUGCUGGCCGUGCACUUUCAAGAACCAGCAGUUGUCCGUCGCCGGAGAUUGAUAUUGACAAGAGAGCCGAGAUGUUCAUAGCCAACUUCUACAAGCAGCUUAAGAUGGAAAGGCAGGUUUCGUUGCAGCUCCGGUACUGCAGGGGCAACAGCUUCGAUUCCGUGACGUCUCCAUGACGAUCGUUUAGAUUAUUUGGAUCUUGCUUUUGUGAUGGAAUCUGGGUUUUAUGAAAGGAUCUCCAUUGCAAAUCUGCAAUCUUUUUUGAGGUACUGAUCGAUGAUGCUCUUGAUGAUCGAUGGUCAAUGUGGCUGUGAUUUUCUUGGCGACCAAACGAAGGAAGACUUUUGUUUUUCUGGAGUGGUUAAUUUCCUCCUUGAUUUGGGUAUAUUUGGGUGUGAGAAACCUUUGGUGAGAUUUUGAAGUUUUUUUCCCUAUGAUUUUUGUUCCCAAUUCUUGUGUUGUUAUAUCUAUUUGUACAGACAAAAUCAGCAACAAGCAUGAAUAAAACUUAAAAGGAGUACUUUGAAUUAAAUGUAA